UAUAAAUCUUUGUGUUUUUUUUUUUUUUUUGUAAUAGAAAGAUAAUAGAAAGAUGUUUGUGAAGGGAUUUUCUGGCGUUUCUGUGUACAAACCUUCCGGUGCCCUGCUUCCGGCGGGGUUGGGUUUGGGUUCUCCCGUCUCUCCGGUCUCGAAUCUUGCUUUUCCGGCAGGCCGGAAAGUUGGAUUUUCGAUCUCGGCUGUUUCUGAGACUGCGGAUGCUCCACUCACCGGGGUUGUGUUUCAGCCGUUUCAGGAGGUCAAGAAUGAUGCUUUCAUGGUGCCCAUAACCCCUCAGGUCUCGCUUGCUCGCCAGAAGUACUCCGAUGAGUGCGAAGCCGCAAUUAAUGAGCAGAUCAAUGUUGAAUACAGCGCCUCUUAUGCGUACCACUCCAUGUAUGCAUACUUUGAUAGAGACAAUGUUGCCCUCAAAGGGCUCGCCAAGUUUUUCAAGGAAUCAAGUGAAGAAGAAAGGGAACAUGCUGAAAAGCUAAUGAAAUAUCAGAACAUCCGAGGUGGAAAAGUGAAGCUGCACAGUAUUCUUUCACCUCUUUCGGAAUUUGAACACAUUGAGAAGGGUGAUGCAUUGUAUGCUAUGGAACUAGCACUGUCAUUGGAGAAGUUAGUGAAUGAGAAACUCCUCAACCUCCAUGCUGUGGCUCAGCGAAACAAUGAUCCUCAGAUGACAGAUUUUGUUGAGAGCGAGUUUCUGGAGGAGCAGGUUGAAGCUAUUAAGAAGAUUUCAGAAUAUGUUACACAAUUAAGAAGGGUUGGAAAAGGACAUGGAGUUUGGCACUUUGAUCAGAUGCUCCUCCAUGAAGAUGGCAAUGGGGUGGCAUGAAGUCUGGGCUGUUUCUUUCCAGAGUUAGAUUUCUGGGCAUGAAGUGAUUGGUUACUAUGUCAGUAUCAGAUCAGAAGUAGAUUAAGCUAUGUACUUGUCAGUGUGUUUUUGUUUAUCUUAGAAACUUGUGUUUUGUUUCAUCAGUAAAUAACAUUCAUCCUAUCUGACAAGUGUGGGAUGAAUUGUUGUAGUGUAGUUAGACUAGUUGUCAACUUGCAAUGGGCUUGCUCUGCAAUUUUGCAUAUAACAAUAUCAGUUCGAAAUUCCUUUAUAUUCAAA